CCAACCCGGUCGUUCAGCCGCGCCGCAGGAGAGAGUGGGGUGGUUGCCAGCGCGCCUCUGCCAUUAGCAAAAGAUUGAUCGUUGAGUCGUUGCGUAUCAAAAAUGUGUGUGCAUCUAGCGGACAGUGUCCAGUGAGCUGAUGAUAUAAUUAUAGAGCUCUAUAAUAAUAGUGUGCAGAAAAAAAAAAAAUCAAGUAUUCUGUACAAAUAUAAAAAAAACGACUGUAUUCUGUACAGAAAUCAAAAUACUAUUUUCUGUAUAAUUAUUCAAAAAUCAAAUUCUGUAUUCUGUAUAAAAAAUCAAAAUGGCUACACAAAAAUCUCAAAAUGACUGUAUUCUGUUGUUGCCACUGUCACAUACGUGUAUAAAUCCAUCGACGCAUGUAUUGAUACCGCGUAGUCCCUGGAACUCACCCUCCUUGGUACCAUCCCUUCCAAACGCAGCGACAAACUGACCCGAGGUGUCGUAAAUGGCGAUGUAGUGACCGCUGAGAUCGGACACAUACACGUAUCGGUCAGCAAUCGUAAGACCCGAUGGUCGACUCCCUUCGCGACCAAAUUCAUGUUUGAACUUGCAAUUGCCGUCCAAUACUUGAAUCCUUCCGUUCCCCCAUUCUGCCACGUACAUGUUCCCAGCGGUGUCGAACCAGACGUCUUGGGGCUCGUCAAACUCCUCGCGUCCCUCUCCGUGCGAGCCGAUGGAUCGGACAAAGUUCAAGUCGAGGUCAAAGACUUGAAUGCGGUGGUUGUAAAUGUCGCACACGUACAGCUGAUCGUUGUGUACCGUCACGGCACGCGGGUCUGCAAAUUCCCCUUCACUUCUUCCGGUUCUGCCAAUGCGUUUAAUCAGCGCCCCAGUGGCGGAGAAUUUCUGAAGCUUGUUUUUGCUGGUCACAUAAUUUUGCCUGCACAGUCAAUAGCUACGCCCUUCGGUGAAUCUGAAAUGGCACCGUGGAAUUUGCGGACGUUCCUUCUUUGGGCGUCAAUGAUGGACAACGUAUCACCGUUACUUUCGGUGACAAUUAUGUCGUUGUCUUUGUUGAAUGUCAUUCCGUACGGCCCACUCAGGCUUGUAUAAACACUCACUGGGUGGCCUAGUUGUCUGGGGUCAGGGUACACGGUCACGGUGAAGGGGCUGCCAUUGAUUUCUCUGUCGUUGACUUGAACAUGGAGUUUGUGUUGGCCUCGACUGACUGGUGUGUACGACACCUCGUAUUGGGAGGG